AUGGAGGCAGCCGGAGGGGUGUUCCCGUUCCGCGACGUCCGCUGGGACCCGGACCCGAUGUUGGACGCUCAUGCGGCGGUGCGGCUGCCGGCUCCGGUUCCUCUGGUGCUGGAUAACGGUUCGUUCCAGCUGCGUUUGGGCUGGGCCUGCCCGCACGCCGCAGUGCCGGGCGAGCCCUUGCUCCAGUUCCGCUCCUUAGUUGCUCGAAGUCGGGGAGCUCGCGGCGGCGCUGGCCCGGAAACACAGGUGGGCAACGAUCUGGGCAGCCCCGAGCCCCUCCGAUGGCUCCUCCGCUCGCCUUUCGACCGCAACGUGCCUGUUCAGAUGGAGCUGCAAGAGCAGCUCUUUGAUCACGGCUUCCAGCGCCUGGGCGUCUCCUCGCAGGGCUGUGUUGACCAUCCAGUUGUGAUAACAGAGGCUGUCUGCAACCCUCUCUAUUCAAGGCAAAUGAUGUCAGAGCUCCUGUUUGAAUGUUAUCAGGUUCCAAAGGUUUCUUAUGGUGUGGAUAGCUUGUACAGUUUCUAUCAUAACAAAAGGCAAGGCUGGCCUUGCAGUGGUCUCAUAGUUUCUUCUGGAUACCAGUGUACUCAUAUUUUACCAGUUUUAGAUGGCAGGUUAGAUGCACGAAACUGUAAGCGUAUAAAUCUUGGAGGAAGCCAGGCAGCUCUUUAUCUCCAGCGUCUCCUGCAACUGAAAUAUCCAGGGCAUUUUGCUGCCAUCACGCUCAGCCGUGUGGAAGAAAUACUCCAUGAACACAGCUAUAUCGCCGAAGAUUACAAAGAAGAGAUGCAUAAAUGGCGAUCACCUGAAUACUAUGAGAACAAUGUGCAUAAGAUGCAGCUGCCUUUUUCAAAUAAGCUCCUCGGGAAUACGGUAACGUCUGAGGAGAAGCAAGAGCGACGGCAGCAACAACUUCGAAGGCUUCAGGAACUUAAUGCUCGCCGUCGAGAAGAAAAGCUUCAGCUGGAUCAAGAGAGACUAGACAGGCUUCUUUAUGUUCAGGAACUGCUAGAAGAUGGUCAGGUGGAUCAGUUUCACAAAGCAUUGAUGGAACUGAACAUGGACUCUGCUGAGGAACUCCAGUCUUAUAUCCACAAGCUAAGUUUGGCCAUUGAGCAAACUAAGCAGAAAGUCCUCCAGGCAGAAGUUAGUGUUGAAGUGGAUGUUGUGGACAGCAAACCAGAGAUUCCUGACCUUGAUCCAGUGGGCAGUGAACAAUCCAUGGAAGAUUUAGAAAGUGUGAAUGAUUUUGACCCUUUAUUUGCUGAGGAGCAACCUGAAGUUGAAAAACCAGUUACCACAGUACAGCCCGUGUUUAAUCUGGCAGAGUAUCAUCAGCUCUUUCUUGGCACAGAGAGAAUCCGAGUUCCUGAAAUUGUCUUUCAGCCAUCCCUAAUAGGAGAAGAACAGGCUGGGAUAGCAGAAACCAUGCAGUUUGUCUUGGACAGAUAUUCUAAAGAUCAACAGGAAAAGCUUGUCCAGAAUGUCUUCCUCACUGGUGGAAAUGUGAUGUAUCCUGGAAUGAAAGCUAGAAUCCAGAAAGAAUUGCUUGAAAUGAGGCCAUUCCAAUCAUCCUUUCAGGUGCACCUUGCUUCUAAUCCUGUUCUUGACGCAUGGUAUGGAGCUCGGGACUGGGCCCUGGAGUACAUGAACCGUGAAGAAGGCUGGAUAACUAGGAAAGAUUACGAAGAGAAAGGUGGAGAAUAUCUUAAGGAACACUGCGCUUCCAAUGUCUAUGUGCCUAUCCGGCUCCCAAAGCAGGCUCCACGGACUGCUGAAACAUCAUCGUCAAAUAAAGUGCCAGGGACUGCCACAAGCAGCACCUCUGAGCAGACGUGAUACAUAUAUUAUUCUUGGACGAAGGAUGUUGCUUUCCAGAACUACAAGACAGUCUACAGAAUUGGAUUUGCAUUUCAAAGACAUGUAUUGGGCAUCUCAGUCAAGGUACUUCUAUAUCUAAAAAGACAGCUAAGCUUUUUCUUUUUCCUAUGGCGGUAAAUGUUCAGUGUAAUAUGUUUGUGGUUGCCAUGGGAAAAAAGGGACUCUACAUCAGUUCUUGGUGUAAAAGAAACAAAAUGAAUAUUUCAGAGAAAAUGCUCAUUAGCCACAUUGAAUCAAACAUAUAAUGUAUUUUAUAUUAAUAAAUUGUUGCCAAGGCUGAAGGUAACAUCAAUA